ACUUUCCGCCUCCAAGUCCGCCCAUCCCUCUCUCUCCGCCGACGCCGUCCUCCCUCCCCGCGACGACGCCGUCCUCCCUCCCCGCGACGACUGUCUCUUCCCUCUCCGAGGACCUGCAAUCCUCUCUCUCCGACGCCCUCCUCCCGCGGCGCCGUCCUCCCUCCCCGCGACGACGCCCACCGAAUAAUGGCGGCCGAUUCCAAACCCGAGCAAUCUCAUAAAUCUCACAGGUCUCGUCAAUCUGGCGCUUCGAAGAAGAAGAAGGAUGACAAGAAGAAGAAGAAGAAUCAGCGAUCUGCCGACGGCGAGAAGCAGAAAAACCCUAAAGCAUUCGCUUUCAAUUCAUCAGUCAAGGCGAAGAGAUUGCAAAAUCGUGCUUCGGAGAAGGAACAGAGGAGGCUUCAUGUUCCUAUGAUCGAUAGGUCGACCGGGGAGCCGGCUCCUUAUGUCGUUUUAGUGCAGGGGCCUCCAAAGGUGGGGAAAUCUCUGGUGAUAAAAUCUCUUGUUAAGCACUAUACAAAGCAUAACAUAUCUGAGGUUCGAGGUCCUAUUACCGUAGUUACAGGGAAGCAGAGAAGAGUGCAGUUUGUAGAAUGUCCUAAUGAUAUAAAUGGUAUGAUCGAUGCUGCAAAGUUUGCGGACCUUGUUCUGUUGCUAAUUGAUGGAAGUUACGGUUUUGAAAUGGAAACUUUUGAAUUUCUCAAUAUCUUGCAAGUCCAUGGUUUUCCCAAGGUAAUGGGAGUUCUGACACAUCUUGACAAAUUUAAAGAUGUUAAGAAACUAAGAAAAACUAAGCAGCGUCUCAAGCAUCGCUUCUGGACUGAAAUAAGAGAAGGGGCAAAGCUGUUCUAUUUAUCUGGCCUCAUUCAUGGAAAAUACCCUAAACGUGAAGUCCACAACCUUGCGAGGUUUAUUUCAGUUAUGAAAUACCAUCCAUUGUCAUGGAGAGCUUCACAUCCUUACCUUCUUGUUGAUCGUCUUGAAGAUGUUACUCCACCUGAAAGAAUGAGGUUGAAUAAAAAAUGUGAUCGGAACAUCACAUUAUAUGGUUAUCUUCGAGGGUGUAAUUUGAAGAGGGGUACCAAGGUGCAUAUUGCAGGUGCAGGUGAUUUUAAUUUGGCUGGGGUGGCAAGUCUUGUGGAUCCAUGUCCUUUGCCAUCAGCUGCGAAGAAAAAGGGUCUGCGAGACAAGGAAAAACUAUUUUAUGCACCCAUGUCUGGCCUUGGGGAUCUUCUUUAUGAUAAGGAUGCUGUUUACAUUAACAUAAAUGACCACUUUGUUCAGUUUUCAAAUGUUGAUGGAAAUGAGGCACCAUCAAGAAAAGGAAAGGAUCGUGAUGUCGGUGAAGUUCUGGUAAAAACACUGCAGAAUACGAGGUAUUCCAUUGAUGAAAAGUUGGAACAAAGUUUCAUCAACCUUUUUGGUAGAAAACAUCUUGCUGUUUCAGAGGAUAAUGGUAAUGAGGCGGAUAAUAUAUCAGAAGUUGAAAAAGAUCAGGGGAAGGCUAAUGUCUCAGAACAGGUGGAUAUUAAUCAAAUUGGUGGUGAAGGAGUUUCAGAGAAAGCUGACUAUGAAAUCAUCACAGAACAAAGUGAUGCUGAUGAUUCUGAUGAAGAAAGUGACGAUGCUCUGGAUGACCAGCAUGAAAAUGAUGGACAAAAUCCUCUUGACUAUAACUUGAAAGAAAAAGUCGAGUACCAUAAUGGAAGGUCUAGAAGAAAGGCUAUAUCCUCAAAAUAUGAAGAUGGCAUAGAAGAAGAGGAUUCCGAAGAAGAUGAUGCGGAUAACCAGUUAGAUAUCACUUCAGAAAGUUCAGGGGAAAGUGCGGAGGACCUCAGUUCGGAAGAUGAUGAGGUAGAACAUGAUUCAAAAUGGAAAGAGACGCUCAAUGCCAGAAUGUCAAAACAAACUACCAAUUUGGCACAACUUGUGUACAGUCAUCCUGCAUCAAACUCCAUGAUCAAUGUUCAGGAUGCACAAGGUAGCAGUGAUAGUGAAGAUAGUGAUGGUGAACUCUUCUACGUAAAAGGGGAGAGAAAGAAGAAACUGAGUGAGAAACCAGGUUAUGAUGAUAUUGAUGCUGAUGACUGUUCGAAAUUGUUAAAUGCUCAAUUCAAAGACUGGUCUAAUGAAGACCUUAUCAGGAGCAUCCGCAAGCGUUUUAGGGCUGGAGGUGGAGCAGCAGAUUCUGAUGGCGAUGAUGGCACAACGGAUUAUGCUGAUUUUGAAGAUGUUGAGACGGGGAAGGUCUUCAAGAGCCAGCUUUCAGAUAACGUUGAAGAGAAUGCUCAACAUGACCCUGAAGCGGAGAAGCGGAGGCUCAAAAAGCUUGCACUUCGUGAAAGAUUUGAUGCUCAAUAUGAGGGAUCGGAGUUGUCAGAUGAGGACGAAGACAAGGGAACCGAUAAAAAGUUCCACCAAAAUCAAUCCCAUGAGGGUGGAUAUUUCGACAAAAUGAAGGAGGAGAUCGAGCUUCGCAAACAGAUGAACAUAGCGGAGCUCAAUGAACUUGAUGAGGCCACACGAGUGGAGGUGGAGGGCUUCCGAACUGGAACUUACCUGCGGUUAGAGGUUCAUGACGUUCCUUUUGAGAUGGUUGAACAUUUUGAUCCCAGACAUCCUGUUCUAGUUGGAGGUAUCAGUCUCGGGGAGGAAAAUGUUGGGUACAUGCAGGCUCGUUUUAAGCGGCACAGAUGGCACAAGAAAAUACUGAAGACUAGAGACCCGUUAAUUGUUUCGGUUGGUUGGAGGCGUUACCAGACAAUUCCUAUUUAUGCCAUUGAGGAUCAAAAUGGACGUCAUCGUAUGCUCAAGUACACUCCUGAGCAUAUGCAUUGUUUGGCGAUGUUUUACGGUCCUCUUGCACCUCCGACGACUGGAGUUGUAGCAUUUCAGAAAUUGUCAAACAAUCAAGCAGCGUUUCGGAUAAGAGCAACUGGUGUGAUUCUUGAGUUUAAUCAUGCUGCACGAAUAAUGAAGAAGAUCAAGCUUGUUGGUUAUCCAUGCAAGAUUUUCAAAAAGACAGCAUUAAUUAAGGACAUGUUCACAUCAGACCUUGAGAUUGCUAGGUUUGAAGGUGCAGCAAUUCGAACCGUUAGUGGCAUCCGGGGACAGGUCAAGAAGGCAGCUAAGGCGGAACUGGGCAAUAAACCGAAGAAAAUGGGAGGAAGCACAAAAGAAGGAAUUGCAAGAUGCACAUUUGAGGACAGAAUCCUAAUGAGCGAUAUCGUUUUCUUGCGUGCAUGGACUCAAGUGGACAUACCUCGCUUCUUUAAUCCUGUCACAACAUUGCUACAGGCUCCGGACCAAGCUUGGAAGGGCAUGAAAACAGUAGCUGAACUCCGGUGGGAGAACAAUCUCCCCAUUCCACACGAUAAAGACUCAGUGUAUAAGCCUAUUGAGCGGAAACCAAGAAAGUUCAACCCGUUGGUGGUUCCACCGAAACUUCAAGCAGCUCUCCCCUUUGCAUCCAAACCAAAGGACAUGCCUAGACGCAAGAGACCACUUCUUGAAAAUAAAAGAGCUGUUGUGUUGGAACCUCAUGAACGCAAGGUUCAUGCCCUUGUGCAGCACCUUCAGUUGAUAAAGAAUGAAAAGAUGAAGAAGAGAAAGCUCAAGGAACAGGAGAAGCGGAAACAAUAUGAAGCGAAGAAGGCUAAGGACGAGCAGUUGACAAAGAAACGUCAGAGGGAAGAGCGCCGGGUUAGGUAUAGGGAGGAAGAUAAACGGAAGAAGAGAACUCGAAGGAAUCAUGACGAUUAAUUAAUGAGGUGGUCUUUAGAGUCUUUUGUUGUGUACUAGUGGUGGACCGCUGAUUACAAAUCUGCACUCUAUUUUUCGCAAAAUUGCCAAAUAGGAUGGAAAAAAAGAAAGAAAAAGGGAAAGUAUUGCCAGGGGGCUUCCCUGUUGUCUGAUCAUGGAGGCCUUGUUUUCCUCUUCGCAGGCGUAUUUAAGGUUGUCAAGGUGGCAACUGUUGUAUAGUGUAUCAAUUUUGAUUAUUUGAUGAAAUUUUGCAGUGGGUAUUAUUAUAUUUAUCUGUUUUCUUUUAAGUUA